AUGUCUUCAUAUGCCAUCACAGGAGCGUCCAAGGGCAUUGGCCGCGAGUUUGUGCGCCAACUCGCUAGCGAUACGACCAACACAGUCCUGGCUAUUGUGCGAGACCCCGAAUCACCCGACAUAUCUAAGCUCGCCUCCAAUCACCCUAAUGUGCACGUUAUCAAAGGCGAUGUUACGGACCCAAAGUCAAUUCUGGAGGCUGCCUCGGCCGUAGCCGACGUGACAGGAGGGAAGCUGGACGUGCUUAUCCACAACUCCAACGCUGUUGAUUUGGCCACCAUGUCCUUCAACCCGACCCAGAUUCCCUUCGAUGCUCAAGCCACUCGGGCAAUUUUUGACCUGCCAUUCAGCACGGGUAUCUACGGCGGUCUAUGGACAACAAACGCCUUCCUACCCCUGAUUGAGAAGGGUAUCCAGAAGAAGAUUGUGCACAUAUCCAGUGCCAUGGCGGAUUUGGAUUUUAUCAAGAAGACUGGUGUCAGCUAUGCUGUCGCGUACUCUGUCACAAAAGCCGGGAUGAAUGUUCAAGUCGCCAAGUACGCAGCAGAACUUGCGCCUAAACGCAUCAAAGUGUUGGCUUUAAGUCCUGGAUGGGUUGAUACAUGGGAGGGAGAAAAACCCUCUCAGGUAAUCCAAGCGCAAAAUCUCAUGCUGCAGCAAUUUCAGGCAGCCGAGCCUGAGCUCAAGGGGCAGACUCAGCCUGAAGAGAGUGUUAGACAGAGCCUCCAGGUAAUUGAGAGUCUGGACGCCGAGUCUAGCGGCUUUCUCCUGAGCCAUAAUGGAGAUAAGGCAAGGUGGUUGUGA